GGUAGCCAAUCGGCGCCCGCCGAACACAACUUCUCUGGCCCGUGACAUAGUUCUUCGCAUGAUUUGGGCAUGAGGCGGUGAUACGGCCCCUUGAUUGAACCACUCCGCCAGCAGCCAGCAGCCAUGCGCCGUCUUAAACAGAAGUUACGGAGUGGCAAGGUCCCUGAUGCUGCAGUCGGACAUCUCAAGCAAGCUCUUGGUAUUUUCAAGGAUACCGCCGGUAGUCUUGGAGUACCGGGGUUGCAGAUAGGUGUGAGCAUCCUGUCGGCCGUGUUGGCGAUGAUCCAGAAAUCAAAUGCGAACACCGAAAGUAUCAAUACACUGGCUACGCAGAUCGGAGAAUUGACGGCAAUGGUGAAACGGAGCACGGAACUCCACGGUGGGAUUAUGCCUGCUCCGAUGGGGGACAGAGUCAAACGAUUACUGGAGUCCUGGAAGUCGAUCGACAACGAGGCUCAGAACAUCAAGUCCCGGAAAAAGUUCCUGAGAGUGAUAGAAAGUGAAGAGGAAGCAGGAAAGGUUGCUAGUCUGGUGAAAAAGAUAUUGUGGUCGAUUCAGAGUUUUAUAGUCGAGGGCAUGCUCGCGAUCGAAUUUGCGCUGGAUCAUCAAGCCCGCAUCAACGAGCAAAGCUCGCAGUAUGCAGAGAUGAUGUUUGACGCUCUGCGGAGUGAUAAUCAACGUUUGCAAAUGCAUUUUGAAGGAGGCUCCGUGCCGCCUUAUGUGGUCCGGGCGCAAUUCGACAGCCACCCCGAGCGCAAGGUUUGCCUCGAUGGGACGCGUACCGAUAUGUUGGAAACCAUCUUCAAUUGGGCAGCCGGUCAGUCUAUGCCUGGUGAAGCGGCCGAACCUGCCGAAGAUCCUCAGGCUGCCGGCGACCAACCCAACGUCCUGUGGCUCAACGGGCUGCCCGGGUCCGGCAAGACAACGAUAGCAUGCUCCGUCGCACAACGUUGCCGUGCCAAUCGUACCUUGGGAGCCAACUUCUUCUGUUCCCGAUCGGAUUCCGAUUGCAGCAACGCGUCGCUGAUAUUCACGACAAUCGCUUACCAACUCGGAUUGUUCUACGAACCUUACAAGGACCAAGUGGCGGAGAUACUCAAGAAGGACCCUCAACUAGCGUACUCUGGAGUCCCCCGUCAAUUCGAGGAGCUGAUAGUACAGCCCCUGGCGCACCUCCGUGAAGGCUUCCCUCCAUGUGUCAUAGUAAUCGACGCACUCGACGAGUGUCGAGACCCCCAGGUCACGUCCGCAGUGCUAUCGACUCUGCUGAAUCAUGCAGAGGAUCUCUCCCCUCUCCGAUUCUUCGUCACCAGCCGGCCUGAACGGCAUAUCGCCGCCAGAUUCGAUGCUCCCGGCUACCGCAACGCGUCUGGCCGCCUCCUCCUCCAUGAAGUCGCACUAGAGUGUGUCACCACGGACAUCAAGAAGUACUUCACGGUAUCCCUGUCGGAGCUCAGACUGUUUUUCAACUUGGCGGAGUCCUGGCCCAACGAGGCCGAUAUCGAGGUACUCAGUCGGAUGGCCAACGGCCUGUUCAUCUUUGCUGCGACGGCCAUCAAGUUCAUUGGGGACCCGAACUAUAACGAUCCAAUUGGACAAAUGAAGAUUCUCACGUCUGCUGCAGGUUCGCAUGGCUUCCACCGGCUGCUCGAUAAGCUAUACUUGCAGGUGCUCGAUGCCGCCUCUCCCAACAUGUCGACGAGCCUGCUGGGUCGACUCAAGGCUGUCCUUGGCUCGAUCGCCGUCAUCAAGGACCCCCUUCCCCCGUCCGGCCUGUCGCAUCUACUUGGACUCCCCACUGACACUGUGUACAGCUCCCUCGUCGGCCUUCACUCCGUCCUCGUCGUACCGGCCGCUCAAGAGUCUGCGGCGAACAUCUGCGUCAUUCAUCCGACAUUCCCCGAGUUCCUGCUUGACCCGAGCCGCUGCACGAGCCGGCUGAAGCGAGACAUCUGCGGCAUCCGAGACCCUUCGCUGCUCAAUGUCGAGGUUCCCGGCCUGCUGAGCCGGAUAGAGAGUGCGAUCCCGGCACACCUGCGAUAUGCAUGUCGGCACUGGUGCACUCAUCUACUGAACUGCGAGCUGUCGGAUGAGAUCCUGGACGAACUCUUUGCACUUGUUCAAAGGCAACUGCUACAUUGGAUCGAGGCCUGUAGCCUUCUCGGGAUAUUAAGGGAUGUCGUCUCCGGGAUCAAUGAGGCCCAGCGAAAGCUCAGGGAUUUUGACGAUGAUCGAGCGAGAGACAUCAUUGUUCUGCUCAAUGACUGCGAACGACUGGUUGUCGGCUACUUCCCUGCCAUCAGCAGCUCGGCACUACAACUAUACUACUCGAUUGUAUCAUUCAUCCCGACGAAGACCGUGCUUUCACGGACGUAUGUGCACGAAUGUCUCCCGGAGAGCUCUAUCAAGGCUUUUGGCAGUGUGCCAGGCAUGUGGAACGCUUGCUUGGGCACAGUCACUGCACAUGAAGGCAGUUAUGUCUGGGCUGUGGACUUUCCACUUGAUGGCAGGACAGUUGCCUCAUCAGGAGAUGACGGUAAGAUACGCAUUUGGGACGCACUGACAUGCGCCCUGCUGUCGGUCCUCUCCGGUCAUUCUCACCGGGUUUGGUCUGUCAAGUACUCUUCGGACGGCGCUCGCAUAGCUUCUGCUGCCGCAGACAGAACGGUCAAGAUUUGGGACGCAGUGUCCGGCGUGCUCGUCCGCACCCUGGAAGGGCACAUGGGCUGGGUCCGCUGCGCAGUCUUCACACCCGACGGCGGCCGUAUCGUGUCUGGCUCCGAUGAUCAUUCUAUCAAGAUCUGGGACACGGAGACAGGUGCCUGUUUGGCGACUCUGACCGUGCACAAUCACGAGGUCAAAUCCAUUGCGGUGUCCCGGGACGGCCGUUGGAUGGCGUCAGGCUCGCUCUUUCAAGUCUGUCUGUGGAGCCUGGAAGCGCCGGCAUACACUCAUCGUGUCGUGGCAACUCCCAAAGGCGAAUGCUUCCCUUUUGAUGCUGCUACCUUCACGCCAGACAGCUCCCAGAUUUUGAUCGCAUCGUACAUCUUUGGCAACAAGUCGGGGAAGUUGUCGGUCUGGGAUGUCGAGACCGCGAAGCACCUCCGCGACCUCCGGCCAUCAGGCCAGUCAUUCAAGGAGACCAGCAAGCCCAGCUUUCUUUCAACAGGAGACAUGCUCGUCUGUGCAGCGGAUAACACUGUCCUCGUCUGGGACUUUGCUCGCGGCGAGGUUCGACAAGCAUUCUCCGGUCACACCGAGGAUGUCACGAGUGUCGCCUAUAACCAAGACGGGACUCGCAUCAUGUCUGGUUCGAUGGACGGCACUGUCCGGCUGUGGGACGUGACGCAACCCGAGCAUACCAGAAGCCCAUCCAACCUGUCCAGCGAGAGAUCAAUGGGCCACUCCUCAGUCACUUUCUCCCACAACGCGAAGCGUGCACUGCUGGUUUCCACCGACGAGUCCAGUACUAGUAUCGAGGUGGCGAAGACGGAUUCGUGGGGCCACGCAUACAAGCCACUGCCCAUACCCUUACUAGAACAUCUCAACGUGCACCACAUAGCGUUCUCACCAGACGAUGCUACGAUCCUUACCGCGUCAUCGAGAUAUCAUAGUUCGGUGGCUCUCUGGGACGCUGCUUCUGGGUCACCACGUCUCCAGCUUGAAGGCAAGCUGGACGUUGCGCGCCGGUCCUCUCCUUUCGAGUACACCUUCAUGUGGAGCGAUGUCUUGGGCUACAUGCCUCACUGCUUCGGCUGCCAGUCGUCGACGCUAAUGUUCUCGCAAGACAGCCGCUACCUGCUUAUGCCGAAUUUAUCCACAACCGGAGACCAUCAUUCCGCUUGUCUCUGGGACGUUGUGACAGGCAAGCUCAUUCGCGAGUUUGUCGGACAUACGGAUAGUGUCAGCUCCGUCGCCUUCUCGCUGGACGGCAGACGUAUUGCAACGGGCUCCGACGAUACGACUGUCAUCAUUUGGGAUGCUGCCACCGGAGCAUCUCUGGCGAUAUGUAGGGGCCAUAAGUACCGGGUUGUCUCCGUCGCCUUCUCUCCCAGCGGAGAACGUGUCGCGUCCGGAGGCUAUGACAAUCUCGUUCUGGUGUGGAAUGCAGACGGAGGGAGACUGACUCAGGAGCUGGAGGGGCACGCCUACCCGGCGUGGUCGGUUGCCUUUGCUCCCGCCGGGGACGUCAUCAUUUCCUCCCAGUCGUUCAACACCAUGCGACUCUGGGACGCUGAAUCAGGAGCCUGUCUCCUCGUCCUCGACCCACAUACCUGGUACCGCACCCUGCACCUGUCCCCCGACGGCUCCGGAGUCCUGGUCGACGACAACAACCGACUUGUCCAGCUGUGGGCCCCUGUCGAUGCGGAUGCGCAAGUGACGACCCCUCUCCCAUGGCUUCCGCGUCGCACCUGGCCUAUAUACUACAUCGAGGACGAUUGGAUAUUCUCUUUGACGCCGUCUCGGCGGACCCGGUUGUGUUGGGUUCCGCUAGGCUGGCAACGCGGGGGCAUCGUGGGAUACUGUGGGCACAAUGUAGUGUUCAAGAGCGGGUACAGACUGAAUUUCUCAGAAUUGAAUAGGUACCUGGGCAAAUUGCACAGUAAUCAUACGUAA